GCUGCUAUCGACCGCAUGUCGUUCCACUGGCACACUGACUCCUCGGAGGUGCGGCCCGGCUUCGGGUGUACCGUCACCGUCGGAGAGACGCCGCCGCCCUCCGACGCCUGCGCCUGCGGCCAAGUCAACCGCGCCUCGCGCAUCGUCGGCGGUGAGGAGACCGAGGCCAACGAGUACCCGUGGCAGGCGGCUAUAUAUAGGAUAGACCAAGAUCUUACUUUCUGCGGCGGCACCGUCAUCAACAGUCUCUACGUGCUAACGUCGGCCCGCUGCACGGCCAGAUCGUCGGCCAGCGAUAUCCAGGUCCAACUGCGCAAGCACCUCACCGGCCAGGACGACAACGAGAUCCGAUUCAACGUCGCCCAGAUCAAGGUGCACCCGAACAAACACUGGAUGCAACAAUACGACUUCGCCCUGCUGAAGCUGGCCACGGCUAUCACCUUCCCCGCCGACAAUAAGAUCGCACCCGCCUGCAUGCCGACCGCCUCCAACGACUUUGUCGGCGCCGACGCCAUCGUCACCGGCUUCGGCACCACCUCGCACAGCGGCCCCAAGCCCGACACGCUGCACGAGGUUACCGUCCCCAUAAUCAGCUACGCUGAAUGCGCGUUGGCCUAUACUGACGAAAGAACCAUCACCUCCAGCAUGAUUUGCACCGACAACGCCAACCACAAGGGCUGGUGUGAUGGAGAUCAGGGCGGCCCGCUCGUCAGCCUGGAGAACGACCGCUACUCGCUCGUCGGCGUCGUCUCCCGGUCCAUCGGCUGCGCGACUGAAAAAUACCCGGGCGUGUACGCCAGAGUCACCGACGCGCUCUCGUGGAUUUGGACCAGCGCCGCUGACGGCGAGUACUGCCGCGACCCGGCCGCCAACUGAGGCUGACGUGUGGCAACGGCCGCCGGCCCCAUGUCCCCAGGCGCCGUCCCAUGUCUAAAGGGGCCGUUCCAUGUCCACAGGUGCCAUCCCAUAUCCACAGGGACCUUCCCAUGUCUAUAGGGAUCAUCUGAUGGCCACAUGACCAUCCCAUGUCCACAGUGACUGUCCGAUGUGUACAGGGGCCGACCGAUAGGGCCAAUAAGU